GAGGUAAAGUACAAAAUUUCUGACGAUAUCGGAGGUACGAAAGCCGAUAUGGGUUGCUAUGCACAACAAACCCUGUGGCAGUUGGUUUCCCGAACUUAAUAAUGAAAUGAAAGUCUGAAGACAGCAAGAAGUACUGCAAGCCAGAAUAACACCAGAAAAUGGCAGAAAAGAAAUUUAAAGGAAGUCCAUUUGGAACUCAAACUGCGAGGUUCGAUGUUUCUGGUGUUCAUCCUAAUAAGAAAAAGCCUGGGACAUUCACAGAAAUUCCAUAUGACAAAAAGUCUAUAGAAGAAUUGAAUCGUAGAAUGGGGCCUGGCUCAUACUACGUAGAUGUAGGAGGCUUCAACAGUAAGUCUGUAGAGGAGAAGGCUUCAGGUCCAGGGUGGGCAAGGGCUCAUGAAGUGGAGAGAAUGGCUGCACUUCCGCACCUCCUGCAUAAAGAGCAGUGGGAAAUGAAGAAAGAACUGGUUCGCAAACUUGCGCCAGGCUCGUAUAAUAUAAAAGACUUCCUGGAGAUAUCUGACCUGAAGCCCCGCAGUGCCCUCGGUAUUUGUGAGACCCGGGCACAAAGGUUCAAGGAAAUGCAGAAUGAAAUCCCGGGACCAGGCACAUAUGGGGAGGGGGGAAUACCACAUGCUGCCAAGGAGGAGAAGGCUAAACAGUCCACCUCCACUAUUGGACUCCUGGACGCAGGAUCCUCCACUCCCAGGAAUCUUCCCUCCGUGGGUUCAAAACUAGGGCCAGGUACUUACAACUUCAAGAGUUUUGCUGAGGAAAGAAUAAGCAAAGUUACCAGCCUGCGCGGACCAUACGAUCUGUUCUCAGGGGACAGAAAUAAACCUAUUACAGUGGGCUAUUUAGCGGCACCUAAACUUGCCGACUUAGGGCCAGGUCAGUAUCAACUGAAGUCAUUUGUGGAUGAUUGGGACACAAUCCAUCUAUCACGUCAAGGAAAGUUUGGAAAAGUGAAGCAAUAUCCAGAGAAACCAACAGACCGCGUCUUCUGUAGCACUCUCUCGCAAUGUCCGAAAGAACCGACACAGCCAGGCCCGGGUCAAUAUGAACCCGGUCAGCUGUCCAAACCUGAGUCCAAGAAGGCUCCGGGCUUCCUGUCCACUGCACAGAGGAACGACAAGCUCUCCCAGCGCUUCUUCACUCGCAAUUUCAACCCUGUGGGCCCUGGUCGCUAUGACAUCCAAAAGUGGGAGGAGGCACAACAUCGCAACUCACACGAGAGUGCCUUCAAGGGGAAGACGGGGAAACUGUCGCUGGCCAUGGAGAAAUUCCUCAAGGAGCGUGUUCGUGGUAAGGAUGUGCGCGUAGAAGACCGUGUGUUUCUUGUCACCCCACAGGUGCCCGCUGGAUAUCAUCUUCCACGGUCCAGCACCCAGGAUGCCUUUGUCAAGCAAAGGGCUAUAACUGUGGCAUGAUCACACACAUACCAAAACCUUUUGUUUUGUUUAAAGAUGAGUUUGACAGGGUAAAAUGCUUCAGGCUUUCUCUUGUAUGUUGAAACUGAAGUGGUCCAUCUCGUUUAUGGUGAAAUUAUUAUUGAACUAUUGGUUUAAAAUGAAAAAGGUUUCUAUGAAUAUGUGAUUGAUAUUUCAUUUAAGAGAACAUUAAAAAAGUAUUGAAGAUAUAGGGUUAUUUUUACAUUGUUGUAUUUGAAUUAGUUUUGUAGCUGUAAUAAUGAAUGUAAACAGAGAUAAUGCCUGUAUUUCAGUAACAGAAUGAAAUAUCCAUGUGAUUAUAAGCAUGUUUUGAAUGAAAUAUACACUUAUUGAAAUAAUAAAGAUAUAUAAGUGUAAAUACUUAUAAGGAUGUUUGUUCCCAAACCUAGAUGUUCAUUCCAGUUGCAUAAAAUAUUUUACUGGAAAAAUGGCUGUAAUUUUAUUUAAAUUUACAUAAUUUUUGUAUCAAGUAAUUCAAGGAAGGCUUCAAUGUCCUAACCACAAUGAGGGAUAGUAAUACAUGUCCGUGGAUAAAACAUCAUCUAUAAAUAAAUUCAUAAUAAAUAGUCAAGUUCUCAGUUUCUAGUGCGGCAACAAGCAUUAAAAAGUUGUUGAAGAUUGUAAAUAUGAAACACACUUAUAAAUUGUGUUUAUACAGUUUACAUUUAAAACACUUAUACAUUGAUCCCUUUAUAGUCGCAAUAACAGUCCUAUUUAAUGGCUACAUUAGUAUGUACACCAUUGUAGGUUUAUUCUAUACAUUGUAUAUCUGUACUACCAGUAUAAAGGUAGAAUAUUAAUGAUUAUUAUAAAUCUUUUUGUGCUUUGUGUGAUGUGUUUUUCAUUAUGUUAAAACUGUGUUCAUUUUUCCAACCUCCUAAUUGUGAUUCUAAUCUUUCACCAAAUAUUAUCAGAGCUUAAUUGUUUGCAAAUCAUCAUCAUUACUGCAAAAAGAUAUGCAACCAAGUGGGCACAUUUAUAACAACUCCAUCCUUUGAUUUUUCAAACAUGCCCAUUUAAUAGCUGAAAUAUGGGGGAAGUGCAAAAAACUGUUGUGUCUGGUGAACAUUUCUAUAUUAGAAAUCCCGCUCAAACUGCAAAAUACUUAAAUUUUGGUGUAAGUAUUUUGCUGUUACAUUCAGCAAAUUGGGCCCUAAGUAGAUUUGGUGACGUGGCCCCUUAUCAUUUUGGCAACCACCUGCCUUUAGCAACGCCCUAAUCAUGGGUUACCAUUUACACUGCCUACAUUCACGUCAUACGAUUAUUGAAACAUUAUCUUUGCUGUAUAAAUGUAGCUAUUUGGGGCACAGUUCAAAUGCAUUAAAUCUAGUUGCACAGCAAAUAUGCAAUAGUGUAUGAUGUAUUGUUGUUUUUACAUUUUGUUUGCUCAACUGCUAGCAUUAAUAAUGAUUCCUUCGACUGUGUAUGCACAGUUUGUAUUUUUUCGCAUUCUUUGCUUGCUUACAUAUUGCAUGUUUUCUUUGUUGUCCUUUUUUUUGUUUUACACAAUCAGUCAGAAUUUGCUGUGAUGCUUCUAUACAGAAGUUUCAAAAUAGUUGUUAGACUCUACUGUGUUAAAUUGUUAGUAUUAUUGAGGUCAGUGUUGUGGUUGUUGUAGGAUUUUUGCAAAUAUUUUUGAGAAUCAGUGUAUGCACCUUACAGUAUUAUGUUGAGUGUAUUUUGUUAAUCUUGAUCACAUUUCUUUCAAAAAGACUGUGAUUUCUUUUUUGAGAUUAUUGCUUGCAGUAUUAUAACUAUUAUCUAUAGUUUUAUAUAAAAAAGGUUAAAGUUGAAUUUUUAAGCAUAAAUGUUCAAUAUUUAUUUACACAAAUUUUAAUUUGGAUCAGUUCCAAGUGCAGCCGAAUAACAGAACGAAUUUGGUGAUACAAAAUUUCACCAGAAACUGCGGUCUCUGCAAGAGUAACAAGCUCAUGUCUGUCAACAAGGUAUAUCGUUAAUAUUACUGGCCACGACAUUAUUGAAAUGGUCAGUCAAAUAUAAAUGAGGCAAUUAACCAGAAUUUUUACCGGCCAUAAGGGCAAGUUCUAGUAAAAUUAACUGGCCCUCAUACAUUUUGACUGGCAUUAGUAUGAGGUGAAAUAAACUUUUUUUAAAUUAGUUUUCGCUCCUUUUCGCAAUAUAUGUGGAAAAUGGAAAAUUGUUAUGUAAAACUCUUUCAUAUCGAACUCCACAAUUUUUUUUAGAGAAAAAAGAUCCAGUUUCUGUACAGCCAUUGUUGUUUUCACUUAUUGGAUGUUUGUCAUACACAUGUAUUAUGAUGCACCUUUAUUUGCUGUUUGAAGUGUUAAAUAAAAUAUUUAUUUUUUA